CUCGGUGUCGCUCCCCCCGCGGGGGAGGGGGGCGGGCAGGGCGGCCCCGGGCCCCAUCACCGACCUGUCCGGGCGGAGGGCUCUCGCUCCCGCGGGCAGCGCUCGGGACACUCGGCCGUAUCGCGCUCUGGCCGGUACAGCUUUUUGAGCUGCCACCAAGAGAAAUGUCUCUUCAAGGGGAAGAACUGUGGAACUAGAACGCUAAAAGGAAGAAAUGUCGCCUGUAAGCUGUGAAAAAUGAGGCGGGAGGAGAUGCAAGUAACUCUUAACAAAGGCUCUUUUCUGUUCUCGUGUCGUGAGUGCUGACAGAGGUGGAGUCGGUGAAAGGGAAACUUGAGACCAAAUGAGAUUCAGUCGGUGCCAGCUUGAAGAUAGUAAGAAUCAGUAGACACACCGUGAAGUGCUCGUACUCUGCAAGCAAUUUACAAGGCUUUGGGCUACUACGCUGCAGACAACGUUAAUCGAAUCUUUUGAUGGACCACGUGCUUCAACAUUAAUCUUGUGGAGGUCUUGUUUACUGUGUAAACAAGGUGAAAGGAAUCAGAAUGCCUCUCAGUGAUGACCAGAACAGUGACUCGGAUUCUUCACGCCUCUCGGAAAGCACAACUUCUUCCAGCGACUCGGAAUAUUCCAGGCAGAGCUUUAACAGUGAUUCUUCAAGCAAACCCAGCUCCCCAGCGUCAGCAAGCCCUCCCAAGGUUAUCACAUUUGAUGAACUGAUGGCAGCUACAAGAAAUCUGUCAAACUGGACUCUAGCUCAUGAAAUUGCUGUAAAUGCCAAUUUUUGCAUAAAACAUGAAGACUACCCACAAAACAGCUUUGCAGGCACAGUGAAACAAAUUGUACACAAGGCAUUUUGGGAUCAUUUGGAAUCGGAGCUGAAUGAAGAUCCUCCAGAAUACGAACAUGCUAUCAAGCUCUUUGAGGAAAUUAAGGAGAUUCUUCUUUCCUUCCUGACUCCUGGAGCAAACAGGAUUCACAAUCAAAUUUGUGAAGUUCUAGAUACGGAUCUUAUAAGACAACAGGCUGAGCAUAAUGCUGUUGAUAUUCCUGGGCUAGCUAACUAUAUCAUCAACACUAUGGGAAAGUUAUGUGCUCCAAUAAGAGACAACGACAUAAAACAGUUAAAAGCAACUGACAAUAUUGUAGAGUUACUGAGACAAAUAUUCCGUGUUUUGGACCUGAUGAAAGUGGAUAUGGCAAAUUACACAAUUAAAAGCCUUAGACCGUACCUCUGGCAUAACUUGGUGGACUACGAAAGAACAAAAUUCCAGGAAAUUCUUGAAGAAACACCAAGUGCCCUGGAUCUCACAACAGAAUGGAUAAAAGAAUCAAUAGAAGAUGAAUUGUCAUCUAUUUCUGAUGAGUCUUCAUCAUCCCCUGGUGCUGAUAGUAGUUCAAAACCAAUUAUUAGUCCUACACUGGUGCUAAACAAUGGCUACUUGAAACUGUUACAGUGGGAUUACUGCAAAACAAUUCCAGAGACUCUAAUAACAGAUGAAGUUCGUCUUCAGGAGUUAAGAGAAAAGCUCAAUCAAUUAAAAGUCGUAGCCUGUGUUUCUCUCAUAACAAACAACAUGGUGGGUGCAGCAAUUGUAGAUGUGCCUGAUUUUGCUGACCAGCUGAAAAGGAUCUCCCUUCCUCUUCUUGAAGGCAUGAGCAAGAAAAGUUUUGACUUGAAGGAGGCUCUGAAUGCUAUUGGCGUCCAGAUUUGCAGCACAGUGAACAAGUUUCUAAGUGAAAGAGGUCUUCCCACUCUUAGUGAAGAAAUACAGAGUAAUUUAAUGGGUCAAAUUGCUCAUAUUGUUGAGAAGAAUAAUCCUGUCUGUUCCUUGAUUGACAAACGGAUCCAGCUCUUCAUGAGAAGCUUGCUUGCUCUUCCAAGUUUUCAGAAGUGUAUGCCUACUGUGCCAGGAGGCCUUUCUGUGAUUCAGACUGAGAUAGAGUUGCUGGGAUCUCAGUAUGCAAGCAUUGUAAACUUCAAUAAAAAAGUGUAUGGACCAUUCUAUGCAAACAUACUUAAAAAACUGCUUUUUCCUGAGGCAGCAAUGGAGAAAACAGAAGGAGAAACAUCUAACAAUUAAAAAAUGUACCUUUUUUUAAUCUUCCGAGACAAUAGGGAAGUCACAUCUCUAAGAACAGCCUACUCCAGUGACUGUUGAUGGGAAAAGGUUUUGUAAAAUGUAUAGGGAUAGUUUCUGAAAUUCACUGUAAAGAAAUUAAUGUCAAGGUCAUAUACAUAUAUUUUAAUAGAAAAAUACUUGUUUAAUGGAUUGUCACAUAAAAUAGCCAAUGAAUUAUUAAUUUCCAUAGCAAGCAUUUAUUGUGACUCACAGUGGGAAAGAGCUGGCAAUGUACUUACUGUUUUGUCACCAUCAAAACAAUGUUAUUUUUCAAAUUAAAUAUAUUUAUAUAUAGCAAUGCAUAUUAGGAAAUGACAAAACAACUAUAGAUAAAAUGUACUAUGCUUACAUUGUAUUUUUGUAGAGUAACAUCUCAGACAACAAUUAUGUUUCUGAAAGUAAUUUGAAGAAUAAAGUAUAGCAUAACUGCUUUAGUAACCAAACCCAGGUUCAUACUAGGCCAAGUUCAGGUACUCCUGCAAUUACUGGACCCAGAACUUUGCAUCUGUUACAUUAAGGAAUGUCAGUGUUACAAGCUGUUUGCAGGAUAGUAUUAGUUACAGAAGCAGCAUUCACCACUUCAAGUAGGAAUCAUUCAGAACUUCUCAACUCUAAUUAAGAUUAAUGAUAAAUACCUAAGAAAUGUUGGGGGGGUGGAGUAAAUUUCUGUAUAUAGUGUUUAUUUAGUGGAGGUCAUGCAGAUCUUUAAUACAUGUAUGUACUGGUCUUUGAUCUUAAUGGAUGGGUAUUAAGUAUUUUUAAGUUAGGUCUUUCUGACCUUUAUUCCCAAAAGCACUAAGAUUGACCUUUAUGGUGUACCACAGAAGAACUACCCUUUUCAUGCCCUUAUCCAACAGAAUGUGAGUUUUAUCACAAGACAUUGUUAGCCCUGAAAGCAAGAACCCAUGUAAUUAGUCAUUUUUGAAAAUAUUACUAGAUUCACUUUUUUUACAGAGUGUGUGAGAAAUGCUCCCAUUUUCUUCAAAUUUCUUUGAUUGAGCCCCAAUACUUAGUUCCCAUUUAAGGCAUUGGGAAUCUUGCAUACGCAAUCUCGAAAACAAGUAGAAUUGAAAUAGAGAAAUGUGGAAGUGAACUUCUUUAAGUUUACACAGGUUUUAUUUUGCAUAUUUCAGAUUACUAGGAUUAGAUAGUGCUGGAAUACAUAUUAUAGACAUGUUCCUGUCUAUUAAAUUGAAUAAUUUACUUGAAAAUUAUAUUUUAAUAUAUUACCAUAUAAUACUCCUUUU